AUGCCGCCUACAACACGCAGCACUAGGGAUACGCCUUACGUCCUUCAGGAAGGCGGAACAAACUCAAUGCUAGGAACCUCUCCAACGCCAAGUACGCUAAGCUCCCUCGAUACAACGCAAGUGAGUGCACACAAGGAACCAUUAGUUCCAGAAAAGCUGGCUGCAAUACGGGAACGGCUAGCCCAGCUGCAGGAGCUACGGCAGCUAGAGGAACGAGAAAAGGAACUCCAUACCCUUCUGGGGAUAGGGACCGACAACCAGCAAAGAAAGACAAAAGAAAGAACCAGACAAGAAUCCGACGCUUCCUCAGUAAGCAGUUGCGAAAUCGAGGUAAAGAAUAUCCCGGAACUUAGGCAACCUACUACACCCCAGAAGAGGCAGGAAUGGCUUAACGACCUUAAUUGCGUAUUCAAUAGAGCAAGGCGAAGGUUUAAGAAAGAUUACCAGAAAAUUCUCAUAGCCCUGGAUUAUAUACAGGCCCAAGGACGGGCGCGCUGGGAAAGAUAUUUGGACGAACUGCCGAAAGACCGCCGAGACGCAGCCGAGAACGACUGGGACCUUUUCCAAGAAUGGACCCUCACCCUGCUAAAGGGAGGGGCCAACUACCGGGCCCACCUAGCAAUACAACGGCAAAACGCAAAACAACGAGAAGGCCAGUCACCAAUGGAGUUCAGCCUCUACUUGGACUCAAUUGAAAACUGCUUCGAAAGGGCACUAGAAUCCGAGCGGGCGUAUACCUACUUCGGUAAGCUACUACCGGGAUUGCAACGUCAGAUCAACCUAUACAAGAACAUCGAAGAUCAUACCCGAGAAGAGAUAGUCCAACUGGCUCAACGACUUUGGGAUGCAACCGAACCCCGACCCAAGCGAAGACUGGAGGCGAAGGCGAAGGGGAGGCUACAGCGGGCUGCUUACCUUCAUCAACCCGUCGAGGAGUUGGCGUACCGUCAACGUCGCCUAUAUCGCUCUCGUCAUUACACAAAGAAGCCCCAGCCCUAG